AUGUCUACCGACACAAUACUGGAAACGACUUGGGACAGCUUGAGACAUCGGAUCGGGGCUGGUUGGGAUCCACUACAAUGUCAAGUCCUACCGUCAGCUCUGGUAGCAUUUGACGCCGAAAAAUCCAAUGUUAGUCCCGAUGUUCAGUAUGAGUUCGUCACCAUUUCCAACGAAGCCGAAAUGCAAAGAGAAAUCGACGCCAGUUUCAAUGUGUCCGCAACACUAUUCGGAGUCGGACUUGACGCAGCGUACAAACAGUUGAAUACUGUAACUUAUAGCAGCUUGUCAAUAACAGCAAUCCUUCGUUGCACAAUCACUUAUAGUCCUGCACUCUAUCGCCAAACACCAAAGUUCAGCCCAGUUGUGGAAAAUCUUCUCCAGAACGAUCUUGCUGCUUUUCGCAGAAGAUAUGGCAGCCACUUUGUCGCGGGAUACGUCGAGCAGUCAAGAAUUAGUGCUGUUACAGUAUACACAACAAGCUCGAAAGAACAACUAAACGAGUUUCGAGCAAGUAUCCAUGCAGGAAAAGGAUUUGGAGCCGUCGAUACUGCUUCAUCAGUCAUGUUUCUUGCUUCGGACAAGAACAUUAGCACGAGCCCGAAAGACAUCGAGAGAAUCUUCAAUAACUUCCCGAGUACGAGACCGAAGCCGUUGACAGCAAUACUGCAUACCUAUGCUUUCAUCGCACCGCAAUAUGAAGAUCUCCGAAAUGCCCAAGUGAUUGGUCCUGAGCUGCAGAAAUCGAUCAUACUCGCCUUGAAAGGACAAUCUGAAUGCCGGCUGUACAACUUCAUAGCUUCCAAAACUCUGCUUUCGAGUUUCAUGGAUAUCGGACAGACGAUUGUCGCUAUUCAGCCGGUGAAUGCUCAGUGGAAAGCGGUACUUGCAGAUUGCAACUGUCGCAUUGAGAAGGCCCAAAACGAGCUCAUCGCGUGGAAAAUGCGACACGAGUUGUUAGAAUAUGCAAUCAAAAAUGCGAAGAGCAAUUUGUAUAGGGAUCAUGCACAAUCUCCGGGACGAACCAAAACAUUCAAUUUCGGCUACACUUCCGAGAGCUAUCACGGCCUCCCAGACAAAAUCCAUCACGAGACAGUGGUGUGUAGGGUUCAUGGUAAGAUCAACGAGGAACAAGAGCGACGAGCUACUGUGUAUCCCAACAAUGCUCUCAUUAUAGGAUUUCGCAUCACGAGUCAUUGGGAUGAUGGUACCAAUGGCUCCUUUAAGAUCGUGGGAGGUGGUGUUGACUGUAAUAAUGUAGAUGUCUGCUUCUGGACUCAGAGGAAUAGAGGGGGUCAUUGGUCCGUCGAUGCUUGGUAUGUAGACGCGAUGCUCUAUCGACGGGGUUGA